UCCUGGGUUUAGAAAGCGGGCGGGACCAACUCCCGGCCUAGCCCUUGUCCGGGCAAAUCCCCGCCCCUGGCCAGAGGGGCCAAAGGGCCACCACAGCCGGAGGAGCCGCGGGCGGGAGCGAUGAGCGGGGCAAGCUGGCUGUGCGGGUCUCGGGAGGAGGAUCCGGCUGCCAAGCUGUGGGACUGGAACCAGACAUGGCAUACCGACACCCCAAGUUUUACUUCAUGUUUCCGAAGUACUAUACUGGUCUGGAUUCCUUGUAUCUACCUUUGGAGCUCUUUCCCUUUUUAUCACCUUUCCCUUCAAAAAGCUCGAGUCUAUAUAAGGAUGUCUGCUAUCUUCAAAGCAAAAAUGGUCCUUGGCAUCACCUUCAUAGUGUUAUAUUUCUCAAGCACAAUCUAUGUUCUCUGGGAAGCAAACCAAGGGAUUCCACGCGCCCCAGGGCUCAUCAUCAGUCCUGGGUUACAAGGGGCCACAAUGACCCUGGUUCUAUUUCUAACCCAGAAGGAACGACUGAAAGGCAUCCAGUCUUCUGGCAUUUUGCUCCUAUACUGGUUGCUCUCUUUUCUCUCCACUGCCAUCAACUUUGGUUCUAAUAUACAACAUAUUCUGGAAGGUCCCUUCAAACAAGAUCUCUUCCACCAUGUCACCGCAUACAUUUAUUUCCCCUUGGUCUUGCUGGAACUCAUGUUGUGCUGCGUUGUAGACCAGCCUCCCUUCUUCUCUAAAAUUGAGAAUGACAAUAACCCGUGUCCUGAAUCCAGGGCUUCUUUCAUUUCCAAAGUCACAUUUUGGUGGUUUGUGAGGCUGAUGUGGAAAGGAUAUUGGAAACCACUACGAACAGAAGACCUCUGGUCACUAGCAAGAGAGAACUCUUCUGAAGAGAUUGUAACCCAGAUUGAAGCUGCAUGGAAGAAGAAUCACAUAAGGUUUCUGCCUGAGCAAAUUACAGGAUCUUUGAAAUUCAAAAGAGAGGAAGAAAAUGGAGAAGAUGCAGAUGAAACCACCAUUUUGCUACAGCCGGAACACAGUAAAAGCAAGGCAUUACUGAAAGCUUUCUGGAGUGUGUUUGGAAAUUAUUUUCUUUUUGGGAGCCUCUGUUUAGUCAUUGGCGAUGUCUUCAUGUUUAUGGUUCCAAAGACACUAAGUCUUCUCCUAGAUUUCAUCACUGACCAAGAAGCUCCUGCUUGGAGAGGGUAUCUCUGCGCUGUAACGAUGUUCCUCUUGGGUUGUCUCCAGACAUUGUUUGAACAGCAGUACAUGUAUAUGUGUCUUAUUUUGGGACUAAGGUUAAAGACAGCUGUUACUGGCCUUGUUUAUCGGAAGAUCUUAGUCACAUCAAACACAGCCAAGAAAGCAACAACAGUUGGUGAAAUAGUCAACCUGGUGUCUGUCGAUGUGCAAAAACUCAUGGAUUUCCUUAUUUAUUUUAAUGGGACUUGGCUCGCCCCCAUCCGGAUUAUCAUCUGCUUUGUAUUUCUUUGGCAGCUUUUGGGAGUAUCUGCUCUGACUGCAGUCGUGGUGUUUCUGUUUCUCUUGCCACUGAACUUUUUCAUUUCCAAAAAGAGAAGUUGGCUCCAGGAAGCUCAGAUGAAGCAUAAGGACAGUCGUGCAAAGCUCACCAGAGCCAUUCUCGCCAACAUUAAAAACCUCAAGCUACAUGGCUGGGAGAAGAAUUUUAUGGACACAAUGUUAGGAAUCCGAACCCAAGAACUGCAAGCUCUCAAGAAGUCUCAGUUUCUCUUCUCUGCAUCUCUCACUUCUUUCCACUCGUCUACAUUUCUGAUUUCAUUCAUCAUGUUCGCAGUCUACACGCUGGCAGACAGCAGAAACAUCUUGAAUGCACAGAAGGCAUUUAUCUCUCUGGCCCUGGUCAACAUACUCAACACAGCUCAUUCUUUUCUUCCAUUUUCCAUCAACGCUGUUAUGCAGGCCAAAGUUUCCAUAAAUCGUUUAGCUGCCUUUCUUUGUCUUGAAGAUCUGGAACAGACUAAACUAGACUCUACUCCUUUAGAUGGCACCCAGGAUUGCAUCAUGAUAAGGAAUGGAACUUUCAGCUGGUGCAGAGAAAGCCCUCCAUGCCUUAAAAGGAUCAACCUGACUAUAACCCGGGGCAGUCUGUAUGCUGUGGUUGGCCAGGUGGGAGCUGGGAAAUCAUCACUCCUCUCAGCGUUACUUGGUGAGCUGCAAAGAUUAGAAGGCUCUGUAGCAGUGAAGGGCUCAGUGGCAUUUGCUCCCCAAGAAUCAUGGAUCCAAAAUGCUUCUGUGGAAGACAACAUCACGUUUGGAGAAAAGUUGGACCAGAGGUGGUAUGACAGGGUGGUUGAAGCUUGCGCGCUGCUCCCAGACAUUGAUAGCUUCCCUGCUGGAAGUCAAACACAAAUUGGAGAAAAGGGGAUCAAUAUUUCUGGAGGACAGAAACAAAGGAUUUGCUUGGCUCGUGCCAUUUACAAGAAGGCAGCGGUUUACCUACUGGAUGACCCCCUUUCUGCUGUUGAUGCCCCAGUCGGCCAGCACAUAUUUGAACAAGUAAUUGGACCAAAAGGCUUAUUGAAAAACAAGACUCGUGUUCUGGUGACCAAUGCAGUCCAUCUUUUGCCCAAGGUGGACAACAUCAUAGUAGUAACAAGUGGAGAGAUUUCUGAAACAGGCACUUGUCAAGAACUUGGAAAAAGACAGGGACCUUUUGCAGAUUUCUUGAAGUCCCUUAAUACCGAAGAGCUGGAGGAUGAUGAACUACAAGGAAUGGCAGGCCACACUGUCAACCAAAGUGCAGGAAGGAGUGACACAAUCCCCAAAGGAGACAUAACACAUCCAGAAAAACAUGAAAGAUUUUCUUCAGCAGAGGGUGGUGAUUACGGGCCAACAGAUGUAGAUACAGCAGGAUUGAUGGCAGAAGACAAGGAACAACUAACUGGGAGGGCGAAGGCUUCUACCUACCUGAGCUACCUGAGAGUGGCUGGGGAUUUCAUCUGGGUAUAUAUCAUGCUUUUGUUCACCUGCCAGCAAGUUUCCUCCUUUUGCCGUGGCUACUGGCUCAGCCUGUGGGCCAAUGAUCCCAUUUGCAACGGAACCCAGCAGCAUACUGGACUCCGUGUGGGCGUCUCCUUUUUCCUGGGAUGUGCUCAAGCCAUUGGAAAGUUUGGAUCUAUAGCCAUGGUGUUCUUGGCUGGGACGGUGGCAUCACGUAAACUCUUCAGGCAUCUGCUCAACGAUAUUGUCCGGUCACCUCUGGCUUUCUUUGAACAGACACCCAGUGGCAACCUCCUCAACCGCUUCUCCAAAGAAAUUGAUGCCAUUGACACCAUCAUCCCUGACAAGCUGAAGUCUCUUCUGGGAUUCCUUUUUAACCUGCUGGAGAUCUAUACUGUGAUUCUCGUAGUCACCCCAAUAGCCAUCGUGGUCAUAGUUCCGCUAACAGUCUUGUAUGCUGUGUUUCAGACCUUCUUUGUUACCACUUCAUGCCAGCUUAAGCGACUUGAAGCUGCAGGCCGUUCUCCCAUAUACUCCAACAUUUCCGAGACCUUUGAAGGAAGCAGCGUCAUCCGUGCGUACCAUGCCCAGCAGCGUUUCGUUUGGCAGAAUGAUUUCAAGGUGGACAAAAACCAGGAGGCCUCUUUCUGUGUGGUGGCGGCUGACAGGUGGCUUGCCACAAACAUAGAAUUCCUUGGGAAUAGUAUCAUCCUAUUUGCAUCCUUGCUUGCUGUAAUAAACAAAUCACAUCUCAGUCCAGGUCUUGUGGGGUUUUCCAUCUCUUAUGCUCUGCAGAUAACGGGCAUCUUGAACUGGAUGGUCCGUGCUUUGGCAGAAUUGGAUAACAAUAUUCUGUCUGUAGAGAGAGUGAGAGAUUACUCAAGGACACCCAAGGAAGCCCCCUGGACUUCCCACAAUCCCCUUUUGUUUGACAACUGGCCUACGGAAGGAGAGAUUGAAUUUCGAGGCUACAGCCUGCAAUAUCAGCCAGACUUAGGGCUAGCUCUGAAGAACAUCAAUAUAAAGAUCAAGGGGCGAGAGAAGGUUGGCAUAGCUGGAAGGACAGGGGCUGGGAAGUCCUCUCUUGCAAUGGGCCUUCUAAGACUAGUAGAAGCUGCUGAAGGACAGAUCUUGGUGGAUGGACUGAACAUUGCCCAGAUAGGUCUGCAUGAUCUGAGAAACAAGAUUACUGUUAUCCCUCAGGACCCAGUACUGUUGUGGAGUUCUUUGAGAAGGAACCUCGACCCCUUGGAUGAACACUCCGAUGAAGACCUCUGGACUGCUUUGGAACGGACGCUGCUCAAGGACUUUGUUUUGAAUCUUCCCUGUCAGCUGGCAUACAAGUGUUCUGAAGGAGGCAGAAAUCUGAGUGUCGGCCAACGGCAACUCAUCUGUCUGGCACAAGCUCUCCUUCGUAAAGCUAAAAUUCUGGUUCUGGAUGAGGCCACUGCUGCUGUGGAUAUUGAAAGUGACCUCCAGAUUCAGUCCACCAUACGGACUCAGUUUAGAGACUGCACGGUUCUUACAAUAGCUCACCGCAUAAACACCUUUAUGGACUAUGACAGAAUUAUCGUUCUGGAAAGUGGCCGGGUGGCAGAAUUUGAUACCCCAGAGACGUUAAUAGCCCAGAAGGGGCUCUUCUACAGGAUGGCUAAAGAAUCAGGACUGAUCUGA